AGACUUUUCCAUCGAGUUUCGCAGUGAGGGUUUCUUACCCUCCUUUCCAGAAAUAAUAAAUAAAUGAAUAAAUAAACAUUCCAUACCGUAACCGUAACUGAACAGUGAAAGUUCCACAUACCCCAGUGACUGCAGUGAACUUGUGAAUUGUUCUAUAUAAUGAAUCCACGAGUGAAAACAAUAAAAGGUGUGUUAUGUUUAUUAUUGAAGUACUGCAACUGACAGGACCCUUCGGUAUAGGAAAACACGUCUUCAGCGACGACAGAAGAAUAUAGAAAGAGAGAGGACGAGAGUCGAUAGACGAAUGCAGAACAUUAAGCCUUAAAUAUUUGUUCUCCAGCAUAUUCUUGAGAGACAGAAAAAAACAGUUUUCAAUUGACGUGUUGUUCUUUCCUAUUAUUAUUACGUAAUUAUUGCUUCAUUCUAGUGUCUCAAGUACUUCUGGAGGGGCUCCUCAAUUAGGUUUCGAUUAUUUUUCUGUCGAUGGCGAAAAUUUAGGUGAUUACCCCGAGGGGGAGAGGUGUUAAUUAACUCGGGAGCUGGUGACAGCAGCCAUUUUGAGAAAUGUCCAACCAUGUACUGAAUGGAAUACUGAAAAGUAACUUCUGGAUCUCAACCACUGAAUAUCAUUGCUGAAUAAUAAACCUAAUUAAACUAGAAUAAUUUAAUCGCCAGAGGAAAAUAAGGCGAAAAUUCAGUUUAAAAAAUCAUGUCGCAAGUGGAUGUUCCCCUCGUUCUACCAUCUAUCAAUAAUAAUAAUAAUAAUAACAAUAUCAACAACAAUAAUAAUAAUAAUAAUAAUAUAAAUAAUAAUAACAUAAAUAAUAACAAUAAUAAUAUUAAUAAUAAUAAUAAUAAUAAUAAUAAUAAUCAGAAUGGUGGAGCGGAUAAUAAUCAUAGUCUGGCAGGAGCCAUUGCGCCAGGACUAAUAAACCGUGCGCGUAAUAACAAUAAUCAAAAUGCACUUUAUCACAUGAGGGAUAGAUUGUUCCAUGCGCUCUUCAUCAAAGCAGCGUUGGCCUAUGCUAGGACAUUUCCAAAGCCUGUGAGGAGGUUUAUAGAAUUCAUAGUUUUGUUAAAGGCAAUAAUGGCAUUUUUUGUCAUGGCGUACAUACACAUAGUAUUCUCCCGUGCGCCAGCGAAUUGUUUGGAGCAUGUGAGGGACGAGUGGCCGAGAGAUGGAAUCUUAAGAGUAGAAAUACUGAGGAAUGCCGGUGAGGAUUAUAGUAUAGAAAAAAGUUACGCGAAAGAGGAAAAAUUGCGUCAAGAAAAAGGCGAUGAUUUGAGCAGUGUACUCGGUAUAUUAGCUAGAGAUGGAUUCAUUAAUAUUGAGCCAUCAGCUGUUGACGAGGAACGCGUGAUUGCGGAAAAUGACAGUGGUCGACAGAAUUUUUCGUUUGGGGGUGAAACCGUUCAAGAAGCUACUCUCUCGGAAACCAUACCAAGUCCGAAUCUUGAAAUGACUAAUGCGAGUAUAAACCGACCGCUGUCGACGAAUUUGUGGGAGGGGCUGGUCACAGAAACUUCUGACGCAUCUGAUGCUGCCAUGUCGCAAAAUCCGAAUGCUACGGAGAAAAAUUCCAGUGCAGACAUGGAUAACGAGGAGAGUGUCGCCCAGACUCUUAAAUCCGAAGUGCCAGAGGUUGAGAAGCUGUUAACAGCAGUUUUUCCGGAGGACGAGUACAUUGUUGAGUACUCCCUUGAGUAUGGUUUCCUUCGGUUAUCCCCUGCCGUCCGUCAGAGACUCAACAUACCUGUGAAAAUAGUUACAUUGGAUCCACUGAAUGACAAAUGCUUCGGGGAUGCAUUCUCCAGAUUGAUUCUUGAUGAACUACUUGGCUACGAUGAUCUUCUCAUGGCGAGCAUCAAAACUUUAGCCGAACAUGAAGAUAAUAAAGGUUUUUUACGAAAUGUUGUCACCGGUGAACACUAUCGUUUCGUCAGCAUGUGGAUGGCUAGAACCUCCUACGUGGCUGCAUUCUUCAUCAUGCUCGUAUUUACGGUGUCAAUCUCAAUGCUCCUUCGCUACUCUCACCAUCAGAUCUUCGUAUUCAUCGUUGACUUAUUCCAGAUGUUGGAAUUUAAUGUGACAGCCUCCUUUCCAGCGGCUUCACUACUGGUAGUUAUACUAGCACUUGUCGGGAUGGAAACUAUAAUGUCGGAAUUCUUCAAUGAUACCACAACCGCUUUCUAUAUCAUUUUGAUUGUUUGGAUUGCGGAUCAGUAUGAUGUUAUUUGCUGUCAUACCCCGAUUACGAAGAGGCACUGGCUGAGAUUUUUCUAUCUCUACCACUUUUCGUUCUACGCGUACCAUUACCGAUUCAACGGCCAAUACAGCAGUCUCGCCCUUGUUACGUCGUGGUUGUUCAUACAGCACUCGAUGCUGUAUUUUUUCCAUCAUUACGAACUGCCGGUGAUUCUACAGCAAGCACAACUUCAACAAAUACUGCUGCGCAAUCAUACGCCGGCUCCAGCACAGCCGCCAACCCCCAGUACCGCUCCGACCACACCUGGGCCCACGCCAACGUCUACACCAUCAGGAAGCCCAUCGACUCCUACCAAUGAACAGACUCAACAGAACUACAUCAGUGAACUUUCACAACUGGAUCUUGACUCUGAUAAUCCAGAGGCCUCGGUGCAGCCCACCAAUACACCUUCAACGAGUAGUAAUGUCCCAACGAUAUCGGAAGAGUUGGAAAAUCAAGCUACCGACCCGCUGCAGGAUGAAUCCUCAUCUUCAAACGUGGAUGUAGAAGCAAUAACUUCCCACGAGCCCGAGCAACAAGAACUUACUAGGGAAAGAGAGGACACCAAAUCCGGUGGUUCCAGCUCUAACGAACCGUCAACGUCAGAGGAGUACGAAGUAAUCGAGUCAUCCAGUGAAACAUCGAAAAAUGUUUCUUCACCAUCAGCAAUUAUAAAUGAUUGAAACGAAUUACAUUUUAAAAAAUUGA